UCAUCAUCACCCCGCCCACUCUCUCUCCCUCGCCUUUUCUCUCCCAUUUGAGUACAUCAAAUAUGGUUUUGAUUGUGCUAUAUGCAACUCAACUUUGCCAUUGGGACGUUGGGUCUAUCAUUGCAACCUUUGCAGAUAUGUCGUCCAUCUCAACUGUGCCACCUCCACGGAUGAAAAGGAGCGAAUAAUGAAGCACCCAAGCCACCCGCAACAUGAUUUACGUUUUUCCAAGGAAACGAGGUGGUACACAUUCCCCUGCAAUGCAUGUGGUGCCACAGUGAAAGGGGGCUCUUGCACCUGCACCCUUUGUGACUACUCCAUACACCAAAGAUGCGCUCUCCUCCCACUGUCUGAGGACUUCCCUCAUCAUCACCAUGCUCUUUCCCUCGCUUUCUCUCCUCCAUCCGUGUACCUCAAAUUUGGAUUUGAUUGUGGAAUAUGCAGCAAACCAUUGUCAUUGAUACAUUGGGUCUAUCAUUGCUCCUUAUGCAGAUAUGUCGUCCAUAUCAACUGCGCCACCUCCACUGAAGAUGGUGAUAAGACCCCGGCUACCAAGUUUCCAAUAGCAAUAGAAGAGAUGUAUGAGGAGAUGAUCAGACCCUUCAUUAAACGACAAAAAGCGCAAAUUCUCAACCCUGAUCAUGACAAUCACAACAUUAGUGGCAAGUACAAAUUCUCCAAACACCCUCAUGAUCUAACUUUUACUACAUUUUCUUCAGCUUCAUCAUCACCGUUAUCUCAUGAUCCCUACAAAAGAGAUGAAGAUGAUGAAGAUGAUUUUUCCAAUAUUCCAAAAUCGGAAUUAAUAUGUGAUGGGUGCACACUGGGUAUACAUGAAAGGAAGCAAACAGAUGGUGAUGGGUAUGAGAGUGGUUAUAUGAGUUGUGAUGAAUGCAAAUACUUUCUCCAUUUAUCCUGCUUCAACUUACCACUUGAGAUCCCCUCUCUUCCUAUUCACCCUCUCAAAGAUCACAACAUAACACUUCAAAAUGUUGAUAGCAAGCUAACCGGUUGGAUAGAAUGUGAUAUUUGUAAUAGUAAAGUGAAUGGGCUCUAUUACCACUGUACCAUCUGCCGUUUCAACAUAGACAUCAAGUGUGCUUCUCUACCCAACAACAUAAAACACGCAUCUCAUCCACGACAUGAGUAUUUCAUGCUAAUCAAAGACCGGAACAUUGACGAUGUUAGUUUCUGCGUUAACUGCAAUAUGUAUAAACUCACUCGAAUGGGACACUUCAAAUGCAUUACUUGUAGAAUUGGUGUGUGUGGUAAAUGUAUGAUGCUACCAGCAAGAAAUAAGCAUAGAUUGGAGAAUCACUUGUUGUCGUUGACAUAUGAUGCCUAUGUAAACCGUCCUGGUGAUUUCUACUGUAGCAGCUGCGAAAACCAAAUGCACCCCAGGUUAUGGAUGUAUCAUUGUCGAGACUGUGAUCAAUCCUUUCAUCCUGAAUGCUUUCCUGCUACGUCCGGUGAGUAUAGAAACAUCAUAUAUGGGACAGAGCAGCUUGUGAUUUCCAGUAUUCAUGACCAUCCUCUUAGAUUUCAAAUCAUAACCAGCAAAAAGAGGUGUGAUCUAUGUCGUUUUGAACUGUAUGAUGCGCCUGGAUUGCAAUGUGCAUCAUGCUUCUUUGCCGUGUGUAUAUCCUGCACUCUGAAACACAUGGGUGAUGCCAAUAAGGCCAUCUGA